GCGUGCGGAAUUUACUCACCUGCUUGCUCUACGACUCGGGUGUCUUCUGACCAGCUUGCCACGCAUCUGACGCUGCUCUUUCAUCCCAACUCUCAGCACAGGACAUGAUCAUCUAUUGACAGUAGAGUGAGAAGAAUGAGUAAUGGUGAGGGAGACAAAGAAAUGGAAAUGUGUUCAGUGAUUGUUGAAAAAGUGAGAGGCAGAUCAUCAGUUAUAAACUGCUUAUCAAGAUAUCCCCUCAAGUUCAUCAUACCAAAAAAGGUGGGUUCUUCCAAAACUGAUGCUGUCUGGGUAUAUGCACUCAAUUAUGGAGGUGGACUUGUAUCUGGAGAUCAUAUUUCAUGCAAGUUUUCUGUGGGAGAUGCUUGUACCAUGGUGUUAGCCACCCAAGGUUCCACUAAGGUCUACAAAUCUGUGGGAUCUAAGUGUUCUAAUCAAAUUUUGGAGGCUAGAGUUGGAAGUGAUGCACUUUUAGCCAUCAUUCCAGAUCCAGUGACAUGCUUUUCCACUGCAAGAUACUAUCAGAAACAAGUCUUCAGUGUGUCUUUAGACUCAAAUUUGGUAAUUGUUGAUUGGAUUACAAGUGGGCGCCAUGAAAGUGGAGAAAAAUGGGAAUUUGAUCUAUAUAGAAGCACCAAUAAUAUAUUCUUAGAAGAUGGUCAACCUUUAUUCCUGGAUACGAUGUUAUUAGAGAAAGGAAAGAUUGGAUGCAUACAAGAAAGCAUGCACAACUACCAAGUAAUUGCAAUGAUUGUAAUCUUAGGCCCAAAGAUGCAGUAUAUCCAGAAUUUAGUGCAAGAUCACGUGAAAGAAGUUAUGUCUGAGCGAUUACAGCAUCCUUCUGGUGCUUUGAGUCACCAACGAGACAAGGCUGAUCAUUUCAUUUCAAAGCCAAGCUUCAUGGCUUCUUGCAGUGCCUUUGGUCCUAAGAGAAUUGGCUGCCUUGUUCGAGUGGCUGCUGAGACAACUGAAUCAGUUUAUAACUUUCUACGACAUCAAUUGGCUCCCUUGGAACCAAUGAUUGGGGUGCCACCGUACAGAUAAAGUGAUGUUUUUCUGAAAGAAUUUUUAAUUGCGGACUAAUAUGGUAGUUUUACAGUCUGUUUUGUUCUUGUACGUUAUAUAUAUUUCUAGUUAUCAGUCUGCCCCUGAUUUAAAAUUUUGCUGUACUUCCUUUAUCAAAAGCCAUGUUUUGAACCAUUUAUUCCUAUAUUAAUCAUUGUGUUGUGCAUGGAGGAUGUGAAGAAUCAUGCAUCACCAUUUAUGGUGGUCCUGGCUGCUAUACGUU